AUGCGAACAACGGAUGGAAAUUCUUCCUCAUCACAAAGCGUGGAGUUCCACAUACAGAACGAGGAUUUCCCGGCAUUGCCAGGUGCCAUUCCGGUUGACAAUGGACAAACGCAAACUCAGGCAAGUGUUCCUACGAUAACGGAUGGACUGACCACCGAAGCGAGGUACUCCGACAGAUCGAGCAUUGAUCCAAAAACAGGAAUCCAGACAUUCCCGGAUGGCACAGUGCGAAAUAUUCCACCAGGAAUGCUGAAUGAUCAGUUUGGAAUGGCUGGUUUGUUGACGUUUCUGCGAGCUAUUGAAUCAGACCCAGCAAUCGUUGCACUGGCACUGGGCCAUGAUCUUACAACACUUGGACUGAAUCUCAAUUGCACCGAACGAAACAUCUAUCAAACAUUCGGUGGACCAUGGGCUGAUUAUCCAUGUCGUAUUCAAGAUAUUGAAUCUAAGGUUAAUCUUUCAGGAUUCUUAAAUCUUUGUUUUCAGUGA